AUGCGGGAAGCGAGUGUACCGACACUAUCCGCUCUGGUCGACAACAUGCACGAGGCGACCGACAUGUCAGGCCGACCCAAGAGCUGCGAACACCAGCCCUCGAUGUCCGUCCGCUUCGUCCUCUACAUGGUCGUCCUGUUACUGGCCGCGCACAUGAUUGCAAGCACCAUGCUCUACGUGUAUCUGUCCAUGAGAGUGGACAAGUCGGCAAAGAGCCUGCUCGCCGCUGUGUGUGUUGUUACGGCGAGAUUGUUAUCCGACUACCCCUCGCUACGAUCUUACAUCGCCCUGUUCUCCGUUCAUCCCCAGGUGGGGGGGAAGCCGGCCCCUGCGACCCCCGGACACGCCAGAACGAGUGGAAAUCAGACGAGGCCUGAGGGUGAUCUGAUCCGGCGAUGCGUUGAGCAGUGUCUGAUGCCCGGUGCCCAGGAGCGCAGAGGUGAAGGCGGAGUGGCGGCGUUCGACGCACAGAUAGGAGGCCGGCCGGACGGACACGAUUCGAAGUCCCCCCAGCCCACGGCAGCCCACCUCAUCGCCAGUAUGCCAGGAGGCAACAGCUUCCCCGGGGUCACCUUUCCAUCCGAUAAAGGACAACCGAUUAAGGACUGGGUGACCACGGGAUUUCCUGCCUUUACGCGCAACGUCAACUACACUCACGGUAAGCUGGUGAUAACGGAGCCGGGACUUUACUUCGUUUACUGUCAGGUCAGUUUUCGACUGAGCAGUAGCGGGUCCAAAGUGGCAUCUAACGUGCCCUUCGUUCAGUACAUCAACCUGGAAAGCGACCCGCAGCAUUCCACGAUGCUGAUGAAAGCAUCCAAAACGCCGGUGGACAGGAGCCAGGCGUCGAGCUUCAACUCGGUCAACCAGGGCGGCGUCUUUCAGCUGAAGGAAGGAUACAAGUUGUUCGUAUCUGUCACCUCAACAGACUUGCUGAGUUACGAUAAAGACACUUAUUUUGGCAUUUUCCGGCUCUGAAGGCCCCAGGCGGCCGUGACCGCGCUGCCGGAUCACCUCGCAGUUCACCUCCCGGACCAACCUCUGCUUGCGGGAGGCCCAUGUUGUGCAAUAUGUCAGUUCUCGCAGAUCCCAUCAACGUGAAGCCGUCACAACGACCAAACUUUUCAACGUUAACAAUGACUAAUCUGAGCAGCGAGUGGUUUGACCCAUCUACCCAUCCCGCAGCUAAACUCUCCACCCCCGGCAAUAUCCCGUUGACACAAUCAAAUUUAAGCCUCUUUGCGUUUCUUUAGGAACUUGCACGGAGAUUGGGUAAUGGCAGAUACCACUCUCUCAACGUAAAAGACAGCCAGGAGUGUGGGCUUCAGCACGAGUGUGUGUUUGGGGCAUCUCACGCUCACUGUGGAGUGAUGUCCAGCUAAUGUUAGAGGCAGUAAUUAUUGUUGUCAACCCCAGAGCGGCCAAUGAUCCCACCGGCCCUUCCACACCCCCCGGGGUGAUGAGAGCCCCAAUGCCCGCAGACAUGUGUGUAACUCCCGAGGCGUGCGGCCACGCCCUGGCCGUUGUCCACUGGAUCCGCUCUUUGACGGUUCUCUUUGCGAGGAAUAUUUAUUUGCAAGUGUUGACUGUUGAUGUUUGACAAGCGCAUCCUGUACACAGCGGCAUGAAGCAGGUCAGGGCUGGUAAACAGCAAACCGCAGGCAGGGCCGGGUUUCGCUAACAAUGCUUUGAGUUUAUUUAACAUUUCUCCGAACAAAAUCUAAAAAAGAGGAGUGGGCGUGUUUAGAGGAGGGUGAAUCCGCGGGAGAACAAGCGUGGACAAACCUUCGGGAACGGAAACAUUACACGUGGAAUAUUUCAGGAGAGUCGGCAGUAAAAUUACUGAAUAAUCACUUCUUAAGGGAAAAUUAAAACGCUUAGGUCGCCAUGCAGAUAAAACAGUUUAAAAUAGACUCAAUCUAUUCCAUUGUCUUUAUGAAGUGGUUUCGCAAUUGAAGCGAUCUCUUUGAUAAGUAGCAUCGAAGCACAGAUACUCAGGAAGUGAAGCCCUCGAGCUCUUGCUAAAUAGCAUUGUUAUUGAAAAGUUAUGUUCCGUGUGCUGACUUUUAUCCCACAUCAACUUGGCACUGGGCCCCCUGGUCCCGAGCUGCGGGCUGGCACUGAAGCUUCUAGCUGUCCGCCGCACACAUACACACGCACGCACACACGCGCGCACACACACACACACACACACACACACACACACACACACACACACACACACACACACACACGCACACGCACAC